AUGGGGAUUAUGAAAUCAUUAAGAUUAGGGAUGAUCGUUCAGUGUCGGAAUGUAAUGACAAGUGAAUUAAGAAGAUCCCUCUAUGCACAAUGUUUAAACAGAGACUUUGACCUGUUGUUACCACGUCUACGGCAGAUCCCAACAGAAGAUAUGGAUUAUAAUCUGAUACAAUUGGUAUUACGUCAAAGUUGUAAAUGGGAUCAUAUGGAAUGUAUCAAUUUUAUAUGGUACAAAUACGUUAGAAGAAAUAAUUCCAUGUUGAUUGAACCUAAUGUGUUAUGUGAAAUAGGUCAAAUCGCACUCAGUGAGGGGAAAAGUUUUAUAGUAAGAGAUCUAUAUACAUAUUAUACACAUUAUUACGGUAAACGUUGGCGUACGGUUAACCCAAGAGAAUUUACAUAUUGGGAGUAUGAAUUACUUCGAAUCAAGACAGAGAUGUUUGCAAAGACCAUUAUAAAUAAGGAUUUCAGUGAAAAAUGGAAAGUAUUUUUAAAGGAUAUGGAUAAUUAUUUACCAGCUUACUGUAAAUUUAGUUUUAGAGAUUUCCCUGAAUUAAUCAACAGUUAUCGUGAACAUUAUUAUCAAAAUAACAAAGAUCAAAAUGUUGACAAAAAUAGCAAAGAUAAUAGUAAUGAAAUUUUAAUGUCAAAAUAUUUAUUCCAAGACAAAGAUAUCAAUGUUAAGAAUGAGACUACUUUACCACUUUUAUUAAAUAUAAUAUUGCUUCAAAAUAAUAUACAUUUGGAUAAAAGGAUUAAUUUAUUUAAAACUUUUUAUAAUAUACAUCCAAAAUUGUCUGCAGAAGAAAGUAUAUUAAUUUUAGUCCACGAAUGUGAUGCGUAUAGGGUGUAUGAAUUACUUGAUCAUCUUUUGACUAACAACCAAGAUAUUUUAUAUAAUUUACCAUUAUAUCUGUCCCAAAGAAUUCAAGACAAAUUGAAGGGAACCACAUUAAAACACAAACUGUCCAAAUAUAUAUCAAUUAAAAAAUAA